AUGCUGCAAAACAUCGGCUCUGCCAUCUACAAGCGCUCCCUCGAGGCUGCGGGGGACCAGACUGUCGUUGUCCAGCUUCCCUGGUGGACUCCCAUCGUCUUCUUCAUAAACGUGCUGCUAAUCGUCCCCAUCGUUUUCUGUCUUGAUUAUACUCUGCAAACCCUCUAUCCUACCUUUGUCAUUGUCGAGGAUGAGAACGCUGCCGACUUCGAGCCUCUGGUCCCCAAGUCUCCCAAGAAUGGCAAGUCGGGCGAUGAGGAGGAGGAUGUUCCUGUAACUCCGUCACCCGUCUCCAACUCCAUCAGGUCCAUCUACCGACUCCUCCGAGCCAACGGCGGUUUCUUCGCCAACUUCCGUGGACUCUCCAUCUAUCUCGUUGAACGAUUCAUUACUGUGAUUAUCUUGCACUCCGCCAUCAGAUGCUUGGGUCUCUACCUUGGCCUUAUCCUCGGUCCUGUCCUUCAUCUUCUUUGCAACCUCCUUCUCGCCCAGCUCAGCACUGCCUGGGUGCACAUUGUCAUCACCCCUGCAUCGCCCCUUCGCUGGUGGAGGCGCCUGCCUGCGUUCAGCACCACCGUCAAGGCCGUUUGGGGACCCAUGUUUCUCUUCAGUAUUGCCUCCUUCCUCGCCGAAUGGGCACCUUUCGUCAUCGCCAAGGCUGUCCACUUCCCUCUUGGUUUCCACGCUGCCAUGGCCGCCCAGGACGGACAAAAGCCCACCCUCGGAUUUGCUUGCUUGCUCCUCGUCAAGUACUUUGCUGUUCUCGCCGGCUCCAUCGUUGCCGUUAUCCUCCUCAUCGUUCCCACUAGGAUGAUUCUCGUCCGUGUCCAGGCCUCGCUGCUCCCUGUUGAUGAGGAUGCCAUCAUCCCCUUUGACCGCUCCUUUGGCGGCCGCGUCCAGACUGCCCUUGUUGGCGGCCGCGGAUUUGCCACCAUCACUGAUGUCUGGUCCACCUUUAGCCGUGCUGUCAUGGGCCGCUUGGUCAAGCUCCAUGUCAAGGUGAUUGCCAUCAAUGUCUUGGUCGGCUUCGUCCUCGGUGGUUUUAUCGUCUUCCCUUCAGUCCUUGCCGUCACCACCUACUCAACUGUGGUGAAGGCCUAA